ACAGUACUCUUGCUGUAGUCCAUGAUCACAAAGCGGAAACUGGUAUAGCAUAAUGCCAUGAAUGAGACAGAUAUUAACCGAAGGAUUCCUUCACAACAUUUACAAGAGUUUCUUUGUCCCCCUGUGGCUGGGGGGGUUUCGAAUACAGCCACGGUAUGCCCUGCCUGUCGUAGGAGGCGACUAAAAGGGGCCGCAAGCGAAAGGAGUGAAUGCUAAAAGUAUUGUGCAACAAAAUGUGAAACGAAAUGUGAAAAGGACGUAAUGUAAAUUUGAAAAUGGCGCGCACAAGGAUUAGCAGUGAUGCCAAUCUUGUCGGCGCGCAUGGCCGACAAUUUUCGGUAGGCAUAUAGGGACUGCUUGUGCCUAGAGUACGGCCGCCGCUAUGCGCCGCUAUGAAAAGGGGAAAACUGUAAGGGUUUCUUUGCAAUUUUUUUGUAUCUCUAGUCACUGAUAUAUGCAAGAAGAAAUGUAUGAAUUGUUGGCUUUAUUACAAGUAAAACUAUGUGCUGCAGAUAAGUAUGAAGAUGUAUUUAAUGAAUUCAAAACUUUACACGCAAAUGAGGAACGUGUAAAAUUUAUUCUUAAACUUAUGCUAGAAUAUGGUAUGAUUCCACAAGUAUGUCCAGAUAGCAAAAAUGCAGAGAAAUCUACAGAAUUAAGAGAACAAGGAAAUAAAAAAUAUAUGUCAAAAUCAUUAACAAGCUCUCUGUGUAUCGAUGCACUAAAAUUGUAUUCAAAAAGUAUAGCGUAUGCACCUUGUACAUCUGAACAACUUGCAUUGGCGUAUGCUAAUAGAUCUGCUGUUCUAAAAAAAAUACAUAAAUACAAAGAAUGUAUUGAAGACAUAGAUAGAGCAUUAGCCUUACCAUAUCCAAAUAAUUUAAGAAGUAAAUUAUAUUUAAGAAAAAUUGAGUGUUUAAGUAUAUUAAAACAUCCCAAAACAGAAGAUGCUAUUAAGGAAGCGCAAAAUUGGCUGGACAGCAUGUCCUUGGAUGAUGUCAGUCAUAAAAAAACAAAUAAUAUGUUCAUUUCUGCCAAAAAAAUAUCAGUAUCAAAUACAUCAAAAGAACAAAAUAUCGUAAAACAAUCUCCUUUGCCUGAAUUAAAGCAAUGCAACAUAGAAGUUCCUUGUGCCUCCAAUGCGUUAACUAUAAAAUAUAAUCAAAAAUAUGGCAGACACAUUGUAGCUACUCGUGACAUAAAUAUUGGUGAAAUAAUUGCUAUAGAAAAACCUUAUUCGCUAAUAUUAAAUCCUAACAAUUUACAGACGCAUUGUUCAAAUUGCUUGGAAGUAUGCUGGGCUAAUAUACCUUGUAACUAUUGUACAUAUGCUAUGUAUUGUUCAGAAGAAUGUAAAGCUUCAGACUGGAAAAAGUAUCAUGACAUAGAAUGUAAGGUAUUUCCUUACCUUCUUAAAGUGAAUUUUACACAACUUUAUCUCUUAAGCCUAAGAGUUGCUAUUCAGGCAAUAAGAGAGAGCAAUAACAUACAGAACAUAAAAGAAGAACUAAAAGAAGUUGAAAAUUGUGAUAAUCCUCGUACAAAGGGUUUUUCAAAGAAUGGAACAUUUGAAAGUGAUGCAUACAGAAGUGUAUUAAGUUUGGUUACUAACGUUGAGAAACAGUCAUUACAAGAUCUCUUUACAAGAUCUGCAGAAGCUAGUUUCACACUGUAUUACCUAGCAAUACGUACUGAUAUAUUUGGAAGUUCAAUGAAAGAUUUAUCUGAAUUAAUAGAAAACACUGAUGCUAUCUUUGUUGGGGGGCUUAUACUAAGGCAUCUGCAAUUGAUCCCUCCUAAUGCUCAUUCUUUUACGGAAGAAUAUAAAAUGGCUUCGGAAGACCGUGGUGGAGCACUUAUGCCAUUUCUUAGUCUGAUUAAUCACAGUUGUAACCCAAACAUUCUAAGAGUUUCAAGACCUGGGCAUAUAAUUGUUUAUGCAAUGUAUCCUAUCAAAAAAGAUGAACAGAUAUUUGAUAACUACGGUCAAUUAUAUGCAAUGGUACCAAAAUCCAUGAGGCACAUGGAACUUCUAAAGCACUAUUGCUUCACUUGUGAUUGUGUAGCUUGUGUGGAGGACUGGCCAUUAUUUCAUGAAUUAAAAUCUAAGCAGGAACCCAAUUUAGGAAUAGAAGUUCUUCGCACGUUGCAAAAUUAUCCUAAAUAUGCUCGAAUGGCGAAGAAGGAAAUGUAUUUACUAAAGAUAUGAUAGAUGA